GAGUCGUCAAAAAAAGAGCACCAGAUAUACAGCACCCACACUGCCAAAUCUCCACCACCAGUAGGGCUUUAGCGCCACCGUCAAUUGCCAGACCGUACUCAUCAUCUCUCAUGUAUUUCUACCUCUAAUACGCUACAAUAUGGGCAGCGCCACCAGAUUUCUAAUGCUUCUCACCACCACUACCACUCCUCCGCUUCUACACCGCCGCUGCCAAUCUCUCCUCCGCUUGUCCAACCACUGGCACCGAGUCUCGUGCCGGAACUAUCACCACCUCCCCAACUCUCUCUCUCCCUCUCCCUCUCCUCCUCGCCAUUUCAAAAUCAAAGCCUCACAAAAUCUCCACACCCAAAGUACCUCUGCCCAUUUCGCCGAACCUUACUCUUCUUUACCCCUCGCGGCCCACCCAUGGCCUGAGUGGUCCAAUUUUAUUCGAAAUCUCUCCGCUGCUGGCUAUUUUAAUAAGCAAAGAUUCGAUGAGGAGUUCGUUGCUGGCGUUAAUUUGCCUGAGGACUUUUUAGCUGCUGCUAGUGCUUGCUUGGCAUUCGCGCGCGAACGACCUGAUAUUUUAGGGAUGCUGUCAAGGAGAGACAUAGAGGUGGUUGCGGAGAACGGGAUGCCAUUUUUGUUCAAAAAUGGUGAUGACUCAGGGAGAAAGAUGAGAUCGUUUUUGGGCAGUGUCCAUAGUAGUAAUGCUGACAGAGCACAUACUGUUGACUUGGUGAGGUUUUUAAUAAGUUAUGCUAGCAAUCUUGUUUCUCGUGAGAAGAACAAUCUGCCAAACAGAGAAAAUGUGGAGUCAUCUGUUCGGAAUCUCUUGAGUGAGUUGGCCCAUCUGAGCUACGCUACAGAGUCAAACCUAUCUGGUUCUGCACAAAAUCAAUUCCCAGAUGGAUAUGGACAAGCAUCAAGGCCUCUUGGGCAAAACAUUGAAAUGAAAAGAGGCGACUGGAUUUGCCCGAGGUGUAGUUUCAUGAACUUCUCAAGAAAUGUGAAGUGCCUUGAAUGUGAAGAAGCACGGCCAAAGAGGCUGCUAACUGGCGGGGAGUGGGAGUGUCCUCAAUGUGAUUUCUUUAAUUAUGGAAAGAACAUGGCAUGCUUAAGGUGUGAUUGCAAGCGGCCUGGGGAGGUCUCAUUUGGUACCACCAACUCCGGAUCAGGUCUAGGAUAUGGCAAUAAUACAGCUGAUAUGGAUAGCAGGCUGGCUGCCAAUGAAGAGAAGGCAAAACGAUGGUUUAGCAAAAUUUCUCAGCUGGAUAGUAGUGCAGAUAUGACCAGUGCCAUAGCUGAUGAAGAUUUUCCUGAAAUCAUGCCACUUAGGAAAGGAGUGAACAGGUUUGUUGUCAGUACAAGGAAGACUCCACUUGAAAGGAGGCUGGCCAAUGCCCAGUACCGAAGAAACCUGGGUAAUGAUGGCGCUGCUGGGGGUACUGGUCCUCAAAGCACAGUUGCAAAUGCAACCUCUCAACAAUCAAUCAACCAAAAGUUAGAUGAGAUUCCAGGUCAUAAGACAGCUGCUUCUGAAUCUUCACCUCAGCAUAGUGCCCCCAGAGGAAGCAAUUAUGUUCCGUUUGUGCCACUACCUGCAAAUAUGUUUGCCAAGAAACCUAAUGAAUUGAAUAUGGAAGGAAGUGAGAAGUUGGAGAUGGACAAUAAAUCUCUUGCAUUAAACACUGGUAAGCAAACAGACAGUUGGCAACCCUCUGAGAAGCCCAUAGGUCAGACUCCUACAAAUGAAAAAGAGAGACAACAAGCUGAAAAAUCUGAGAGAUGGUUUAAGAGAGUUGCAGAGUUACAUAAUGUUACAGAUCUGGCAAGUGAAAUUCCAGAUGAGGACUUUCCCGAGAUCAUGCCAAUGCCGAAAGGAGAGAAUCGAUUUGUAGUCAGUAAAAGGAAAGAUCGUUCUUUGACUUCUCCAAUGUACAAGAGACGUAUGGCCAUGGAGCAAGCUAAUGAUACCAAGUUUGUGCCUUUUGUCCCAUUCCCACCUAACUACUUCGCUAAGAAGGAUAAACAGCAGUCGGAUAGAGCCGAUUCGACUAAUAAUGCAAUGGGUGAAACUUCAAACUCUGCCACACUGGAGAAGCUUCCAGAAAAGGUGGAUGACAUUAAACCAAGAAUAUCUGGUGCAGGUCAUGACCACAGAGUAGAAAACCAAAGAACCUCUGAAAACUUAAAUGAAAUAAAAGCAGAUGUAUCUUAUGGGGCAUUCACAAGUGGAAUAUCAACACAAAUUUUUGCUGAUCCCCAGCCUACUUGCAGGGAUAGUUGGAGCAGUGGAUAUUCUAGAAAUGAGAAUAUCAGUGGGACAUCAAAUCAGAUGGGUAGUUUACCACAGAAUUUUACUAAUUCCCCAACAAGUGUUAAGGACAAUGGGAGUGGUGGAUUCCAAGGUCAAGAGCAUAACAAGGAGGCGGCCAAUUUGACAGGGACUACAUCUCAUCAAUUUGAGGAUCAGAAAGUUAGAGAUAGCUGGAAUGGAAAAAGCUUGGAAGGGUCAGCUGUGAAGGAACCAGAUCCCUUGGACAUGUCAGAGGAGGCCAAGGCAGAGAGGUGGUUCAAACGUGUUGCCCAAAUAAAGAACAUCUCAGAACUCAGCCAGAUCCCCGAUGAAGAUUUUCCCUCGAUAAUGCCAAUGCGAAAAGGUGUAAAUAGAUUCGUCGUGAGCAAAAGGAAAACACCAAGAGAGAGGAGGUUGACAUCUACUCAGUACAAAAGAAGUCUUCCAAUUGUGAACUCUGAUCCAAUGAAGGAAAAUGACAGUAACUGAUGCACAAUAGGAAAUUAUACCAAAGUCACUAGAAUCUGACAUGGGGGUUCACCUUUGCAAAUUUUGUUCCGUACUAGAUUAUUAGUCAAGAGAAGAAAUUUUCUAGGACUGUGUCAUAAGUUGUUUGGUGCCCUUGUGAGUCGAAAUUUAGCUAGGGGAGCAUCUGGAUUUUGAGUAUACUGGGAUACUUGCUUCCUUGGAAUUCCGGAGUUCAGACAUGCACAACAUGGGAGAAACAUCUGUAAAUUGAAGACAUUGUUUGUACACGAUGCUCCCUGCUCAAAAAUUGUGAGGAUGUUUAUUAUUUAUUGCUCUUUUUCAUCAAAUAAAUAAAUUUAUUUAUUUGAUAGACUGCACGAAUGCCUAUCUUUACAUCCAAGUGAAUGGGAAUAGGAGGAUUUGUGCAUCAA